AUGCUUUCCCGCUCGCUCCGUGCUUUGCCACGCACCUCGCUUAGCGCCCGUACCUAUGCCCUCUCAGCCAAGGCGCAGGCCCUCAUCUCGAAACUGGUCCAGGAAGUCGACCCAGAGAUGGCCUCCAUCUUGCAACAAGAAAGAGACAGACAGAGAAAUUCCAUCACGUUGAUUCCCUCCGAGAACUUCACCUCCAAGGCCGUGAUGGACUUGUUAGGCUCAGAAAUGCAAAACAAGUACUCAGAAGGUUACCCUGGCGAAAGAUACUACGGUGGUAACGAAAUCAUCGACAAGGCCGAGUCCUUGUGUCGCCAGCGUGCUUUGGAGGCGUUCAACUUGGACCCUGAACAAUGGGGUGUCAACGUUCAGCCUCUCUCCGGUGCUCCUGCUAACUUGUACGCAUACAGUGCCAUUUUGGAGGUGGGUGACAGAAUCAUGGGCUUGGACUUACCUCACGGUGGUCACUUGUCCCACGGCUACCAGACCCCAACCGCCAAGAUUUCUUACAUCUCCAAGUACUUCCAGACCAUGCCUUACCGCUUGGACGAGGAGACUGGUCUCAUUGACUACGACACCUUGGAGAAGAAUGCCCUUUUGUUCAGACCUAAGGUCAUUGUUGCUGGUGCUUCUGCUUAUUCCAGAGUAAUUGACUACAAGCGUAUGCGUGAAAUUGCCGACAAGGUGGGCGCCUACAUCUUGUCUGACAUGGCCCACAUUUCUGGUUUGGUCCUGGCUGGUGUCACUCCCUCUCCUUUCCCAUACUCCGACAUUGUCACCACCACCACUCACAAGUCCUUGAGAGGUCCUCGUGGCGCCAUGAUCUUCUUCAGAAAGGGUAUCAGAAAGGUCACCAAGAAGGGCAAGGAGGUCCCAUACGAUCUCGAGAGAAAGAUUAACUUUUCUGUGUUCCCUGCCCACCAAGGUGGUCCCCACAACCAUACUAUCUCUGCCUUGGCUGUUGCAUUGAAGCAAUGCCAGUACCCUGAGUACAAGCAGUACCAACAAGAGGUCAUUGAUAACGCCAAGGCUUUUGCUUCUGCUUUGGAGAGCAAGGGCUUCGACUUGGUGUCUAAGGGUACCGACACCCACUUGAUCCUUGUUGACUUGCGUUCUAAGAGCAUCGACGGUGCACGUGUAGAGGCCGUUUUGGAGCGUGUCAAUAUCGCCGCCAACAAGAACACAGUUCCUGGUGAUAAAUCUGCAUUGUUCCCUAGUGGGUUGAGAGUGGGUACACCAGCCAUGACCACUAGAGGUUUUGGCCCAGAGGAGUUCGCCAAGGUUGCCGAUUACUUCCAGAAGGCUGUUGAAAUUGCCAUCAAGUUGAAGGCUCAAGAGCAGGGUACCGUGGCCAAGGAGUUGAUGGCCAGCUUCAAGAAGCUUGUCAGUGAGUCUGAGGAGGUCAAGGCUUUGGACGCCGAGGUUCAAGAGUGGGCUGCCAAAUUCCCUGUACCUGGUGAUUUGUAG